GUCGUUCCUGUUGGAGGUGUGAUGGUACUUCUCUUUCUCGCUUGUUGUUUGCUUCGAAGAAAGAGAAAGAAGACGUAUGAUGUCGUCAAAGGAAUAAGUGGGGCAAAUGAACUUACCACCGUGGAGUCCUUGCAAUUUGACUUGGCUACAAUGCAAGCAGCAACAAAUAAUUUCUCUCCUCAAAACAAAUUGGGUGAAGGUGGAUUCGGUGAAGUUUUCCAGGGUGGACUUCCUAAUGGACAACAAAUCGCGGUGAAGAGGCUAUCACAAAGCUCAAGACAGGGUGACGAAGAAUUCAAAAAUGAAGUUCUAUUAGUUGCCAAGCUUCAACACAGAAAUCUUGUGCGACUACUUGGAUUUUGUUUGGAGGGAGACAAAAAGCUACUGGCCUACGAGUUUGUGCCAAAUAAAAGCCUUGAUUACUUCUUAUUUGAUUCCGAAAAAAGGAGACAAUUGGAUUGGCCAUUACGUUAUAAAAUAGUAUCUGGAAUCGCUCGAGGAAUGCUCUAUCUACACGAAGAUUCGCGACUCCGGAUUAUCCAUCGGGACCUAAAAUGUAGCAAUAUCUUGUUAGACAGUGAAAUGAACCCAAAAAUUUCAGAUUUUGGCAUGGCAAGGAUUUUUGGAGUCAAUCAAAAUCAGGCUACCACAAAUAAAAUUGUGGGGACUUUUGGUUACAUGUCUCCAGAAUAUGCAAUGCAUGGAGAAUUCUCGGUGAAAUCCGAUGUUUAUAGUUUCGGCGUGCUACUUCUAGAGAUCAUUUGCGGCAAGAAGAAUAACUAUUACCACCAAUUGGAUGGGGGUGAAUAUCUUGCUAGUUAUGUGUGGAAUCAAUGGAGGGAGGGCAUGCCCUUGGAAGUGUUGGACUCAGCUAUCAUGGAUUCAUAUUCAAGAGAUGAAGUGCUUCGAUGCCUGCACAUUUGCUUACUCUGCAUUCAGGAACAUCCGGCUAUUAGACCCACCAUGGCCACCGUAGUUCUCAUGCUCAGCAGCAAUUCCAUUACCCCACCAUCGCCUCGACAUCCAGCCUUCUUUGUCCGAAGUAGAUCGCAAGGACUAAACAUCCCAAUGAGAGAGCUUGAAUCGGACCGAUCCACUAGUAAGACUAUGCCUUCGUCGACCAAUGGCAUGUCGGUUACCGAAUUGUACCCCCGGUGAGUGGCGGUCUAAGCGA